AUGGAAAACUUCUUGAUCGCAUUGAUUGUGUCCAUUUCGUCCAACGUAGACUCAAUCCUUGUUACUAGCUACCAACAACUUCGCCUUGUCCACUUCCCGUACUCCACAAUGACCGCGGAAGCGUCUCUUAACGCAGGGCAACCCAAGCCCAAGGACCUGGAAAUUGCGGAGAAGCACCUUCCCGCCCCGGCAGUGCUGACGAAGGUCUCAAGGGUUUCUCGUUUGCCGGUGCCCUUGCCGUCGCCUUGCAGAUGCCAGCUGCCAAUGUCGCGGGCACACCGAGCGCCUUACCUCAACUGCAUUUGUCUUGUGUGUUGUGUCAAUAACAUUAUUGGACCUCAAGCCUUCCUUGCGUUGGAAGCGCAUUUUUACGGAAUCGGUUGUGAAGUCAUUGUGGGCUGUACCUUCGGCUAAGUCGUUUUGGCAAUUACCCUCAGAGUUAUUCUGAAGCGGAGAAACAAGAAAAGCGACGUGGGGGCUGAGGCUGCUAGUCAAUUACAACGACGUAAAUGAAGAUGACGAAGUUUUGAUGGACUUGACGGACUUUGUGAACAGGAAGUUCGGGUAUUCCUACUAGGCGCAAAUUUGGCUGAUAAUAGUCUGAUGGUGUUACGAGAGAACCUUUUGUCUUCAGUGUUGUUUCUAAUGAGCUUGGAUUGGGGUCAUGUGACAUGCAUCGUCGGAGGAAUGCAAGAGAUAGUCUCUUCAGGGCUAAGUGCGUGAUGUAUGAUGC